AUGGGACCGAAGCGACUGAUGGUGACGCUCACCAUUCCCCGACGCAAAGACGGUCCAGCAUCAUCUCGAACAGAAGAACCAAUUGCUUCCAACAGUGGGGAUGGUGACAACAUGGCCCUUGCUAGAACGGCUGACGAAACCAGCGAUCAGUCUCGUGGCUUGGGGGUGAGCGAGUCUUCAUGCCCAGCCAUCAAGCAAGAGGGGGGGACCGAAACAGCAGAAACUCCCUCUGCCUCUGCAUCAAACAUGAAAGAAACAUGCGACAAAAAGUCAACCACUUCAGGAGCUGCCGAAGGAAAGCAUUCUGUGUCAUCUCCCGAAGUAAAGCCCAACAGUCCAGAUUCAAUGGAUAUCGACAACGGCCCUGGCACCAAAACAACGAUGGGAGAGCCGCUGCCUUUCGUGAGCGAUAACGACAACAACAUCAAUGUCAACGCCCUCGGCAAAGCCGUCGGACCAACCAACGAAGCAGAACAACCGACCCCGAACAUCUUGGCAAGUAUCGAGACAGCAAACAAAGCGCCGAAUAGACGGAAGCGAAAGGCUGAGUCGAGCAGCGAUCAAGGUCCACCCACCAAGAAGAAACCCGGAGCAUACCGGAAGCCACGCAAACCGGCACUUGAGGCAGCAAAAUAUGUAUCGCAUGCCAAUUCUCUCGUGCUGAGUGGGAAAACAGCAGAAAUGCCUGAGGACAUUGACUUGAAUCUGCCAACAAUAUCCCAAGCACCUGCCAAUGUGCGUGAUCAUCUUAGAGCCUUGGAGAAGGCUGGGCUCAAGUUAGCUCGCGCUGACCCAGAAACCAUCAAAACUCACGUCAAGGUUCUAGGCGGCUUGUGCCAUGUUUUCAAAAACAUCGAGCCAUGGCUGUUUGAGCGAGAUGGCGAACCGAGAGUGGAUGACUUCAAAUGGAAGGUCCAGGGUUUGAAACAUCCGCUACAUUCUCACCAGAUGCUUGGAAGUGCAAUCAUGAUCGUGAUUGAGAGGGACGAGAACCAAGGAUCUGGUCUCCUUUUGGACUUCAUGGGUUUCGGGAAGACUGUGCAGACUCUGACAUGUGUUGUCUCAAACCUUGUGAGUUCAAACAAGGGCCAAGGCAAGGGCAAAGAGAAGGGCCAACGGAAAGGUCAACGGAAGGGCCAAAACCUGAAGGACGGUUCGGCCACAACUCUUGUCGUUGUCCGCAAGUCUGCUGCCCCACAGUGGGUGGAUGAGGUGAAGGAGCAUACCAAUUCUCAACUGUCUGUUAUCCUCUGGACGAGACAGACUGAGAUAACGAGGGAUGCAACGCUGGCUGCUGAUAUUCUCGUCGUCACAUACGACCAAGUCCGGGCUAUGCUGAAAGCCUGCAAGAGCGGCAAGAUCACCUCCUUGUUGUUUGAGGCAUGCUUCCAGCGCAUUGUCCUGGAUGAGGCACAUAGGAUGAAAAAUCGGAACUCGGAGACCUUUAAGGCUUGCAUGUGUCUGAAAGGCAAGCACAGAUGGGCGUUGACAGGCACUCCUAUACCAAAUGGCGCGCAUGAGCUCUGGCCGCUCCUCAGAUUCAUUCAGCACCCCAGUGUGAAGGACUUUCCUCAUUUCAAGAAGGAUUUCCUGGCCAAACUGAAGUCCGAAGGGGGCGUGGAGUACGAGGAUUUGCGCAACCUCCUGAUGCCAAUUACGAUCAUGAGGACUCCACGACACCAGUUUUGUGGUAUACCUCUGGUAAAUUUACCACAAGACCACGCUGUGACAGAAGUAGUUCCACUCAGUGCUGAGGAAAAGGUCAUAUUGGCAUAUCUCGAGGGCAACAUCUUGAGCUACCUCAAGAUGAAGCAUGGUGGAAGGUGCAACUACCUGUGCCUCAGAGAGAGGUUCACGAGAUACAGGCAAUUCAGUGCGAGUCCUCUAUUGCUCGAGGCCCCGGUCAAAGAUGGCCUGUGGACCAUCGAACAGGUGGGACUCAUGAAGGGGGAGGCCCACAACACUGGAGCAACACAGACGCCGAUUAUGGAUUUGUUCGAGCAGUGGAUUUUGGAGCCGAAGCAAGACCAUCUGGCGCCGACUGGACACCGGCGAAUUGACAGCACAUUUGCUGAAGCAGACCUCAUGGUGUGCCCUCUUUGCUGGAAUGCGCAGACCACGCCAAUGCUGGCAGAAUGUGGUCACAUAUGGUGUAAAGAAUGCGUCGAAGAGAGGCAGAAAUCAUGCCGGCUGAUGGAGAUAGAGAUCUCAUGCCGCAAGUGCAAGCGCCUCAUCGGAGAAGUACGCCCUUACAACCCAGAGGCGGCACGCGAUCCUGAACAGGAUGCAGCGAGAAGCCAGAAGGGUGUUGACCAUAAUGGCUUCCAGCCUGCUGGUGAUGAGGGAUCUACUUUGUUCCAAUACUUGGAUCAAAAUCCCGAGGCUUCAAUUCCGUUGAACACAAAAAUGAAGCGUAUGCUUGACUUGAUUCUCAAGUGGAAGGCUGAGGCUCCAAAGGACAAGAUCAUCGUCUUUUUCCACUUCAUUGGCGUUGGCCGACUUCUCGGACGGUUGCUUCAGGGUCAUGGCAUCGGCUACCUUUAUUUCGUCGGGAAAAUGAAUAGCGAUCAACGUCAAGAUGCCAGGGUAGCUUUUGAAGAAGACGAAGCAGUCAAGGUUCUCAUGGUCUCCAUCACCACUGGAGGUGAGGCUCUCAACUUGACAAUGGCGAAUCGAUGCAUUAUUUACGACCCGUGGUGGCACCGUGCAGUGGAGGAACAAGCAUUUGGCCGCGUGAAUCGCAUAGGGCAACAGAAGGAGACUCACUGUGUGCGUCUGUUUGCCGAGGGCACCAUUGAUGACCGCAUGAAUGACCUUCAGAAAAAGAAGAAGAAACAACAGAGCGCAAUAGCCGAACUUGAAGCCAGCAAAGGACUUACAGCCAAGACACUUCGACAGAUCCUGGAUGGCCGGAGCAAAGAAGGAGGCAGCGACGGUAGUGAUGCCGACACCGACAGUGAAGACAGCGGGGACGACGACGAGGACGAUGGCUCUGAGUCUGAGCCGGAGGAUCCGAAUGAUGGGGAUUGGGUGGCCUAG